CGCCAUCAGGGCGCAAGGCAGUGCGCGAAGACGAAGAAAGCAACUAUGGCCGCCCCAUCUCCAAAUUCCUGGGAUCCGCUCUCGUCAGAGAACGAAGAGCCAUCUCCGCAGUGCCUGAUGCGAGUCAAAAAGGACAUCGCCAAUUUCAGAGCCCAGCCGCCGUACGGUCUCUUCAUCGCUCCGCAGGAAGACGACUUGACCAAGAUCCACGCCCUAGUCGUGGGCCCCUCUGACACGCCGUACGAUGGCGGCAUCUUCUACUUCAUCUUGAAGUGCCCCUCGACCUAUCCCGUGAAUCCGCCCAAGGUGCGCAUCAUGACGACGGAUGCCGGACGGGUCCAGUUCAACCCGAACCUCUACGCCUGCGGCAAGGUGUGCCUCAGCAUUCUCGGGACCUGGUUCGGACCGCAGUGGACGCCGAUGCAGACCAUCGAGAGCGUGCUCAUAUCCAUCCAGUCACUACUCAACGAAAACCCUUUCGGGAACGAGCCCGGCUUCUCGUUUUUGUCGCCGCUCACGAAGGUCCUCGGCUACGAGAGCAACUACAACUCGUUCCUGCAGCACGAGACAAUGAGAGUGGCAGUGUGCGACACGGUAGAAGCGUGCCUCGACGGCACUUCGCCGUGUCCACCGGUUCUGAGGGAGCAAGUGCUCAAAACUUUCUCGGAGUCAUACGACAAGUACGAAAAAAUGGCCACGGAACGGCUGAAUUUGACCGGUACCCCACUGUAUGAUCGUUUUUUUAAUGUCAAGGGAGUGUACCAGUACGACACACUGCUGGCGCGGCUCAGGAGCCUGAACGACAGAGUGAAGCAGCGGAAAGAAGCUGCAGCGCAAGCGAAAAACAAGUAAUCUAUUAUCCGGUGUGACGGGCGGCCCUGACGCAUCGACGCGUGACGUUUACAAAUUUGUUACGUACUGACACUUUGACGGCUGUGCAUGUGAGGCGUCCAUCAAAAAUGUGCCCUCUUUAUCUGUCCGCGCCAUUUUCCGCGGCUGCGGUGCGUCUGUGACACAACCGCAUUAUAACCAAUGAACUCUGGAGCAUGUUCUGAACCAAAGAUUCUUGGCAAACGGUCACACCACCGGUCCGGUCUGGAGGCUCCUCAGUGCUACUGUAUCAAGCCGGCUGGCUCCAUUGGUGAUGUGCACGAAGAACCCACAAAUUUUCUGAAUAAAUACUCCAGAGGGAAAUGCGGCAUUAUUGUU